GGUGCAUUUGUGGGCGUGUGAUUCUUUAUCAGAGACUAUUAAACAGAUGCUGACUCAAGAUCAUCUCAUUCAGUCAUGGGUCGUCCCGGGAUUCAGAUGUGGACAUGGAGACUGUGUGUCUUCUUGAGCUGGAUGUGCGUGGGCCAAGCGGUGUCAGGACCGCAGUACAUGGUAGCCAUUCCUGCAGUUCUUGAAUCUGGAGCUGAGACCAAAUUCUGUGCGAGUCUCCUGCAGCCCAUAGAGACGCUGGAAAUGAGAGUCACUCUGAUGUCCCAAGAGAGGAAUACAACCCUUCUGAAGGAGACGUCCUGUAGAGAAUUUCAUACCUGCAUUAACUUUAAGGUUCCUUUAGUGCAGGAUGAAGUGGUGCAGAACUUGGAGGUGGUGGUACGAGGCGACACAUUCUACUCUAGAGAAGUCAGAAAAGUUAAGAUCAAAGUCUAUAAACCAAUGACAUUCAUCCAAACAGAUAAACCAAUCUACCUCCCAGGACAAACAGUGCAAUUCAGAGUCGUCACACUGGACACCAAGUUUAAACCUGUCCAUCAGCUGUACGAUAUAAUCGAAAUUGAGGAUUCUACCAGCAACAGGAUUGGACAGUGGCUGAAGGAAACCUCCAAUAGUAAGAUAUUGCAGCUUUCUUACCCCUUGAACUCUGAGGCCCGUGAAGGAGCCUACCAAGUUACUGUAUCGAUUGGGUCGGAUAAAAUACAUCACAGCUUCAAGGUGGAAAAAUACGUUUUGCCUAAAUUUGACCUACAAAUAAAUGCAGCUGAUGAAGUAAGCAUUAAUCAGGAAGUAGUCGAGGCUGAAGUAUGUGCAACGUAUACAUACGGCCAGCCUGUGCCAGGCAGUGUUGACUUCAAGGUGUGCCGACCUAUAGAUGCCAAUGUUGGUAUACCCCUUGUACGCCCUCCUGAACAUCCAGAGGGAAUCCCGGAAAUCCCGAUGCCUUGCUACAAGGAGACAAAGCAGACUGACAGGAGAGGCUGUGCCACUUUUAUCUUCACUAUGUCAACUUUCACGAAUGCGCAAAAGGCACUUCAAGAUGUACUGCAACUCACUGCAAACAUGAAAGAGGAGGGAACAGGUAUUUCACGCUCACAAGAGAAGACUACAGUGAUUUCAUACGUUGUUGGAAAGCUAACUUUCACUGACACUCCCAAGAUUUAUGACAAAGGAUCAAAUUUGGAAGGAAAGUGUAAAGCCGUUGAUUACAAUAAUAGACCCAUUCCUGACAUGCCGGUGUUCCUGUUUGAGGGGGAAAGGUGGUCAUCGCGUUUGUUACAGAAUCUCAAAAACAGAGAUGGUGUUGCCACUUUCUCGUUAAGCACAGCUGACUUUAAAGGGGACAUCCAAUUACAAGUUAGUGACACACCGACACUGGGCUACCCUCUUUACAGAACGCCAUACUAUGAUACUAACGAUCACAAAGUGUCUUUGACCACACUUUCUUCUCCUGAUACUAAAUCAGUCAGCUCUCUGGAUGUGAAGAAGAAGGAUGAACCACUUUCCUGUGACAAAGAAGAAGACAUCUUCAUCCAAUACACCAUAGUUGGAGAGGCCCACAGCUUUGUGGAUGUGAUCUAUCUGGUCUUAUCAAGAGGAGCCAUUGUUAUACAAGGAUUUAUACAGGUCAUAGUCAAAGAUAAAUUGGUGAAUCAGGGCGAGGUGUCCUUUAAGCUGACAGUGUCUCCAGACAUGGCACCAGACGUCCAGGUUGUGGCUUACGCCAUCCUCCCCAGUGAAGCGUUGAUCGCCAACAGCGCUGACUUCUCUACUGAGCAAUGCUUCAGUCACAAGGUGUCUCUGGAGUUUUCUCCGUCCUCGGCUGUCCCAGGAGAGGAGACCAUCAUGCAGGUUACCACCCAGCCAGAAUCUCUGUGUGGUGUCAGCGCUGUUGACCAGAGCGUCCUCAUCAAGGAGCCAGGGAAGACUCUGGAUGCAAACAAGAUAUUUCAGUUGUUGCCGGUCACAAAAAUGUCCUAUAUUCCAUAUGACGUUCAAGAUGGUGAAGAAUGUUUGGAAGUGAGAAAGAGAAGUAUUUUGCCAUUCCCCAGCGGUGGUGGGACAGCUGAUGCUUAUACAGUCUUCCAGAAUGUAGGGAUGAAGAUGGCAACAAACAUGAUAAUUCAAAAUCCUUCAUGCAUCAAAUACCAAGGAAUAGAAUACUACCAGGGCUGUGGUCGCUUUGACAUAAGGAAAGAGGUAAUGGCAGCAGGUGUCCCUGCCAUGGUCAAUGGAGGUGCUGCAGCUCCUAAUAAACCACCAAUAGUGACAGUCCGCACUUUCUUCCCUGAGACCUGGAUCUGGGACCUGGUGGAAGUUGGAGAGUCUGGAACGAAGAACGUGCCCCUCACUGUCCCGGACACCAUCACCACCUGGGAGACGGAGGCUUUCUGUCUGUCCCCUCAAGGUUUCGGCUUGGCUCCACGUAAAAACAUCACCGUCUUCCAGCCCUUCUUCCUGGAGCUCAGCCUGCCCUACUCCAUCAUCCGGGGGGAGAACUUUGAACUGAAGGCAACCAUCUUCAACUACCUGACCAGCUGCAUCAUGGUCUCUGUGACUCCAACCCCCUCCUUACAUUACCCUCACCCCCUCUCUCGUGACCAGUACACAUCCUGUCUGUGUGGCGGUGAGCGCAAGACCUUCAGCUACAUGACCCCCUCACCCUUAGGUGAGAGUCAAGCUUUCAUCCACAAGGCUGUUGAGCCUGAGGGAAUUGAGAUAACAAAGACCUUCAACUGGCUGCUCGACCCAAAAAG